UCGGCGGAAAACACGGAUGCGUAAAAGCUGAUUCCUCAAGGGGGGAAUCGGACAUCGAAACCAGCUGAAGUGCAGCUCCAGAUAGAUAGACAAAUAGAUAGAUUAGAUUAGAUUAGAUUAGAUAGAUAGAUAGAUAGAUCGAUAGAUAGAUAUAUUCGGGAGGAAGAGGAGGAGGAACAGACGGAGCGGAGGCUGCAGAGGGAGAGAGAGAGAGAGAGAGAGCGCAGAAAAAGGGAGGAUUUUUGGCUGAUCGGGGGAGUUUGCUGCGCUUCCUCUCGCUCUCCUCUCCUUCUUCCUUCCCCUCAGCUCCGGUCUUCGUCUCUUCCUUUCUUUCGGGGGCCUUUAUGUCUGAUUCUGGGAGACUUUAGAUGUUGAACUUGAUGGGUGUUUUAAACGCCACCGCCGCCAAUGUCUCCUGUACUUGUAACUGCAAGCGCUACUCGUCCCUCCAGACCAUGGAAAUCACCCAGCUGGAGUUCGUCCAGAUCCUGGUGAUCGUGGUGGUCAUGAUGGUGAUGGUGGUGGUCAUCACCUGCGUGCUCAACCACUACCGCCUGUCGGCGCGCUCGCUGCUGUCCAGACACGCCCCCGCACGCCGGAGACACCUGCCGCUGGCCAACGAGGGAAGCCUCUGGUCCUCGGAGUCGACGGGGACGUCCAGUGGCCUCAGCGACCACCAGGUGUACAACCCCCGGCCCCCGGAGCGAGGCGUCCACUCCUCGUACCUGCAGCGGGAGCCGCCGCCCCAGCCGCCGCCGCCGCAGCGCUUCCAGCACGCCUACGCCCCGAGCCGCUUCCAGCCCACCUACCCCUACCUGCCCCAGAGCCUCAUCGACCUGCCGCCCACCAUCUCCCUGUCGGACGGCGAGGAGCCGCCGCCCUACCAGGGCCCCUGCACGCUGCAGCUCAGGGACCCCGAGCAGCAGAUGGAGCUGAACCGCGAGUCGGUCAGAGCUCCGCCCAACAGAACAGUGUUCGACUCCCACCCCAUCGACCCACCCCGGUCCUGUCUGCACGCCAGUCUGCAGGCUCCUCCUCCCAGCAUGCACUCGGGCGUCAGCGUGCUGGAGGCCCAGAAGGCCUCGUCCCGGCAGCAGAAGCAGGGCCCCGGAGUGGACGGCGCCCCCCCGGCCUACAGCGAGGUGAUCGGGCACUACUACCACCCCGCCUCGCUGCCCUCGUCGCACCACGGCCACCGGACUGUGUCGGCCCCCCAGGCGGCGCCGCCGCCGUCCUCGCUCAUACACGGCCUGCUCCGGCCGCCGCCGCAGCAGGGCGGCGUGGACAGCAGGAACACGAGGAACGCAAAGGAGAAAUCCCACAAGCCCCAGCGGGUGUGACGAGCGCCGCUUCCUCGGACCUGAAAGAGAAGAAGCACAGCGGCUUCUCCCUGGAUAGAGAUUAAAAACACACACACACACACACACACACACACCUGGAAACCACAUCACUCCUGCCCGAGCACAGACCCGGGAGUGCACCUGCCACUCCACAUGACGAUGACGAUGAUGAAGAUGUCAGAGACGAGGGGACGACGGCGGACUUCCCCCCUCCUCCUUUCAGACUGAUCUCAGAAACAUUCACUCCUUCUCUUUGUUUCCAUUCAGCUUGUUUUGUCUCUUUGGCGCGCCGGCUCCAGAAUCCCGGCGACACGUUGCAAUCUUCUUGGUUCUUCCAGGUUUUUAGGAUUUUAGGUGGGUUGUUUUAGCGAUAAUCGCCCCGUUGGCCGGUUCCUCCGGAUCCUUCCACGGAGAGGCUAGACGUAGUUCUGUUAUGUAGCACAGCGCCAAACGUCCUGGAGCUCAGCGUUCUGCCUCGCGCCGACCAGCCGGCGUGAGGAAACCCCUUUGAUUUCUAUUUUAGAAGGUUUGCACAAGAGAAGAACCGGAGAAACCUGCAAUAUGACGGGCCAGAGCGGCAGAAGUUGAGGGUAUUUUUCUAAACUUGAUGGAUUGUUUUUCUGUUUUUCUUUGUCGUCUAGUUCUAGAAGAAGAAGCCAAUCUGCCGGGUGCCAACGUUCACCUUGAACAUUUUGCAGCGUACAUGUCGACAUGUAUAUACGUCACGCAGUAUAUAUAUAUCCACGCACAUGUAUGGAAGCCGAGAGCGAGAAGCACGAUUUUAGAGUUAUUUAUAUAAAUGCUGAAAAGAAUUGCACUAUUUUUUAGGUAUGCGCGGAUGAAACGUUGAAGGGAGACUUUUAUUUUGAAGGAGCUCUGGUCUGUUGAGGCGUGAGAGAGAAAACUUACCAGAGGUUUGGCACACGGUGCACAGCAGCCGCCAUCGGGACACGUUCAGGGGAAAGAGCGUGACUUCGGUCCCGCGGACUCAGACAGACCAUUUCUAUACCAUUGAUUUAAAAAAAAAAAAACUAAAAGAAUCCCUGGUUUAUGCAAAUGUCUGAGUCCCGUGUGAGACCAACUGCAAGUCAGCAUCCAACCUGUGGGCCCAAUCAGAAUCUCUCUUUCUCUGUCUCUUUCUCUCACCCUAUUGGCCGAAUCGUUAGCCAAUCCCAAAGCUGGCUGUCACUACCUCGACCAAACUAUUCAAGCUCAGGCUUGAGUUCACCUUCAAGCCUGAACCAAUCAAGACAGUGUGUAAUGUAUCGUCGCGUGUUAGACUUAGACUUCAAUCCUGACGUGUGAUUUUUACUUGAAUGUCCGAUCUUAUGUUAGUCGGUUGAGAGAAAACAGACCCGUGACACCCGAUGCCCCCCCCCCACCCCCCCCAUUGCUCAGGAAGUAAGCCAGUCGCCCACCAGGCCCCACAUGUCCGAUAGGCGCUGUGUGUGCACUGCUGUGGCCGUUUCCUCCAGUUUGUCCUGAAGUUGCAUCCCUCCUGCCUUUUUAACAUUCUCACAAUCCACUCUGGUAAGUUGGCCUCUCUUUCUUUCUCUCUCUCUCUUCCUCUCUCUCUUUCUUUCUCUCUGAGUCGCAGGCAUCUCUGAGCACUUUAUUGCACCAGGAACGAGACAACAAUCUCCCGUCAGCCAGCGUCGGCCUCGCUUCACCCCUCAGAACCUAAAAAGCUUCGCUUUUAGUCGAUUAGAUUCCAUUCUCCAACCUCUAGAGCUGCACUUUUAAAGAGAUGCAAAGAGUCGUGCGCCAAAGCUUUCAACACACACGCUGUUCUUUAUGUAGCGAUGUUUCAGACUCAGUCUCCCUUUCCUUAGGUCCUCCAGAUGUUUCUGUUCUCAUGCAAAAGAAGAAAAUCCAGACGGUUUCUGAUCAGUUUUGACGUCUCGCCGUUGGAGCUUUGGCCCAAAACUCUUUGUGUGUUCAAUGCAGCACAAGACCGGUUGUUGAAACUAGACACAGCGGCGUGUUGAAAAGUGACACGAGUGUUACCGGCAGUUCGUCUUGUGUCGUCUUUUUAAGAGUGUAGAACAGUUUGAGCUAAUGUAGCUUAGUGUUAAAAAAAACAAACAACCCUCUUCUUCACAAACUGUGAAUUCACGUGAAGGUGCCAGAAGCUAGCGCCCCCUGGCGUCCAGUCUUUAUGCAACAGCGCCCUCCACAGGAGCCAAAUGGAACUGCAGCCAAAACUCCCGAAGCUGGUUUGGCUUCGUUUUACAGUCUGACCGGAGGAGAAAAUACGACGUGGCAGGACAGACCGAUGGAGAAGGUUUAAUCACCUUUUUAUGAAUUCAGCAAUGUUAAAAAGCAACAGUUGGGUCUCGUGUCGUUCAGCUAUAACAGUUUAAAGACAAUUUAAAGAACUAGCUAGAUAUUUUUUUCAAGUGAUUUAGAUUAAACCAAUGUUUCUCAUGUCAUAGGAUCACCAAAGGUUUAUCAUUAGGAAUACUUUUCUUUAAUGAUGUUGCUUUUAAUCACUUCAAUUUAAUUCCAAGUGCAUAUUAUGCUCUCCUUUUCAUCCAGACAACUGAAAGACUUUGACCUCGUGGCCUUUCUUUUUAAGGACCUGUAGAUGCUUAUGCGUUUAAUUUGAUGCCUGAUUAAAUCUCAGCAUCUUUUUCCACUUCUUCAAUACUAAAACCAUAUUAAUCAAGCCACCUCCUAUCGUCUUUUCAAACGGCGUUCUUUCUCCUCUGGUUCUGUGCUGUAAAUGAUUAUGAGCACUUAACAAAGAAUAAAAAAAAAAAUCAUCACAUAAACAAAAUUUAAUCUCUUUGACCCAAAGCAGCUAAAGGAACAAUGAUUGGAUCAAUCAAAGAAAUGAAUCUUUUUUGAAAUAAUGAGCCUGGUCCUGUAGGCUUAGCUAUUUAUUGACCGUUUUUGCCUUAUUGCCCCCCCCUUGGUUCGGACCAGGCUGUUCCCUCCUUUUCUUUAAGCUUUGGUCUCCUUUAUCAGAGGGUUUGCAGCGGGUAGGAGAAGCCUGGGUGAGACCCGACCAGGGCGUGAAACUAAUUCAGCCUGAUCGCUUGAGACAGAAAACAGGAAAGAAUCAAUCUGUCGCUUCAGGGAAAAAAAAAACCUUCGCUGGCUGACGAUACAAAAUGAAGACAGGA